AUUGACCCUAUGUAGUUAUGCAAUAAACCCAUCUCAGUCCGAAUGAAUGCCUCUAUCCACUUUGAAAGAUGCUGGCAUCCCAACCUCAACACCACCACCUCUCCGCCACUCUUCACCUCCAAGACCACCGCCGUCGUCCUCCGCCGGCAGCCACUCUCCACCCUCCUGCAACUAAUUCCAAACGCCGCCCCUUAUUCUCCGCCAUCUCCUCCUCCCUCCGCCACCACCAACACACCUCCCCAGACCACCAAAACGACGCCGUCGCAUCAACCGGUGAAAGUGACAUUCUCCGAACCCACAACGCCAAAUCCACCGCCGCCCUCCUCCGCCACCUCUCAACUCAAAACCAGCAAAACCCAGAUGGACAAAAUCAAGAACCAUUCCUUCCAUUACUCAAACAAGAUAAAGAAAAAUUACUCGAAAUCUCGUUACUCACUAAAAGAACCCCACAAUUUCCAGGUUCAAUUUACAUCAACUCUUCUCUCCCACUUGUUCAGAGUGUCUUCAAAGGGCAAAAUGGUAAUCUUGACUAUUCCGACGAUGACGUGGACGACGAAAUGCUGGUGAGAGCACUUGAGAUAAGAAGGAAAGUGACUGCCUCAAUUUUCAAAGAGGCUAUGAAAAAGGACAAAUUUGGGAUCACUUAUUGCGAGAAUUUGAUUUCCGAAAUACCCGAUUUUAUUGAUUAUUUGAUGAUUAAGGCCGUCUCGAUGAAGAAACUCCCCGAUUUUUCGCAGUCUUCGUAUAAUGUUCGCGCAAACUUCUUCAUCGAUGAAUGUAAAGUUGUCCCACUUAUAAGGUGGUUGAAACACAAUUCACUUUCAUAUCCACAAAUCGGGAAGCUAAUAUGCGCGUCGAAAGGGAAUCUCGAUUCGAUACGACAGCUGGCGCAAUGGUUGAAAACGAUCCACAUAAAAGGGAGGUAUAUAGGAGUGACAUUAACACGUGCCGGUGGGAACGUAUUGGAACGAAGCAUAGAAGAAUUCAACGAAAUUGUCGAGUAUUUGGAAGAAAAUGGCGUAAGAAAAGAUUGGAUGGGAUAUGUAGUUAGUCGGUGUCCCGAGAUAUUGUCGUUUAGUAUGGAAGAGCUGAGGCGUCGAACCGAUUUCUACUUGUCUAUGGGUAUGGAGAAAAACGAUUUCGGGACAAUGCUUUUCGACUGUCCUAAAGUGAUCGGUUACUUCUCUAUCGAAGAGAUGAAUCAAAAGGUAGCAUAUUUGAAGGAGUUUGGGCUCGAUAACGAAGAAGUGGGAAGAUUAUUAGCAUUUAAACCACAAUUAAUGGCUUGUAGUAUCGAAGAAAGAUGGAAGCCUCUUGUUAAGUAUUUUUAUUACCUCGGAAUUUCGAAAGAUGGUAUGAGAAGAAUCCUCACUAUGAAACCGAUGGUUUUUUGUAUUGACCUAGAGAAGACCAUUGUGCCAAAGGUUGAGUUUCUACGAGAUAUAGGUGUUCAUGAAGAUGCCAUUGGCAAUAUGCUUGCUAGGUUUCCUUCGUUGUUUACGUACAGUCUAUACAAGAAGAUACGCCCGGUGGUCAUAUUCCUAUUGACGAAAGCCGGAAUUUCUCAAAGGGAUAUCGGAAAAGUGGUUGCCUUAGGGCCAGAGCUCUUAGGAUGCAGCAUAACAAAUAAAUUAGACCAAAACGUAAAAUAUUUUUUGUCGCUUGGAAUAAGGCUCACUGUAUUGGGUGAAAUGAUUACCGAUUUCCCCAUGCUUUUGAGGUAUAAUGUAGAUGUUCUCCGUCCUAAAUACCGUUACUUGCGAAGAAUUAUGAUACGGCCUUUGAAGGAGCUCAUUGAGUUUCCGAGGUUUUUCAGUUAUUCGCUUGAAGGGAGAAUAAUACCAAGGCAUAAGAUAAUGGUGGAAAAUCGGAUAAAUUUUAAGCUUAGGUAUAUGUUGGGAAGCACAGAUGAAGAAUUCGAGAUGAGAGUCAAAGAGGCGGUGGAGAAACGGACGAGAUUCGAAUCUGGUGUUCCGUAUAAAGAAGAAUCUUCAUAUUCCCAAAAUGACGAUCUGUCAGAAACAAUGCCUGUAUACGGAAUACCAGAUAACUUGGUACUUGAUACAGAUCAUUAGUAGAACAGUUGUAAGAGCUUUUAAGUAGUUAUAUACACUUUUAUUGUAUAUAUAGUUGAAAUUUUACUAUCUGAGAAGCUUAUAUAUCUUUGUAUAAAUGAAUAGGAGGGUGUUUGGC